AUGGCCAGACCAGAUUUUGUAUGGACCUGGAAGGACUUCGUGGAUCAUUUUGACCAGAAGUUCUUCCCAGAGCAUAUUCGUGAGAAGAGGGCCCUAGAGUUUGAGACCCUGGUGCAGGGUGAGAUGACGGUGUCUCAGUAUGAGGCCCAAUUUGUUACACUGUAUCAUUUUGCCUCCUACCUCGACGACGACGAGAAGCGGAAGGCUAAAUGUUUUGUAAGCGGCUUACCACCCGCCCUUUACAGUCGCGUCGUGGGACAUUUGUUGACGACAUUUGAUGAGGUCGUGCAUAGGGCCUUGGUUUAUGAGGAGGACUGGGCCUUGUCUGAGAGGACUAGAGAGCAGAGUUCCAGCGGAGACCGAAAGAGGAAGGCACCCUCCGGUAGUUCCCGUCAGCACCGGCAUCAAAGGCACAGAGGUCAUUCUGGGUUUAGACAGCACGCAGCGCAGCCAACUUCAUCCUCAUCGCAAUCAAAAGCUCCUUCUUCUGGGCCUUUUAUUGGCGUAUGCUAUGGUUAUGAACAGUUUGGGCAUCGUAGGCGUGAGUGUCCUCAUCCCCUGCAGCAGCAGAGGCCACCACACUUGCCCUCACCCCAUCCUCCACAUCAAUAG